AUGACGAUGAUUAGAGCUAAUAUUGAGGAGGACCGUGAGGCAACCAUGGCAAGAUUCCUGCAUGGACUAAACAAGAAAAUUGCCGACUUAGUGGAUCUACAUCAUUAUGUCGACAUGGAAGAUAUGUUACACAUGGCGGUGAAGAUUAAAAGGCAAGUGAAGUCUAAAAGCCCCAAGAAUAAUUUGUCUUCCACUACCUCUACAUGGAAGUCGACUUGGAAGGGAGGAGACAAAAGCUUCAACAAAUUCAAAGACUUCACCAAAGUUGAUAAAGAAAGGGGGAAUGUCAAAGGAAAAGAAAAAGAGAAGAGCGAGGAUCCAACAACUAACUAA